AGCAACAGAAGCCGGAAGCCGAGGCGUGARCUGCGCGUGAGGUGAUGUCGGCCAGCGGGGCUAUAGAGCCGGGGCCCCCGGGGGCUGCCGCCGCCCUCUCGCCCGCCCCGGCCCGGCCGCCCUCCGCGGGGCACUUGUUCCGGCCCAUUAGUGCGGAGGACGAGGAGCAGCAGCCCACCGAGAUCGAGUCGCUGUGCAUGAACUGUUACCUCAACGGCAUGACGCGACUUUUGCUCACGAAGAUCCCCUUCUUCAGAGAAAUAAUCGUGAGCUCCUUUUCCUGCGAACACUGUGGCUGGAGCAACACGGAGAUACAGUCGGCGGGCAGGAUCCAAGAYCAAGGAGUGCGCUAUGCUUUGAGUGUCAGGGGCCUGGAGGACAUGAACAGAGAAGUGGUGAAGACCGACUCUGCCACCACCAGGAUACCUGAGCUGGAUUUUGAAAUUCCAGCUUUCAGCCAGAAGGGAGCUCUGACUACCAUUGAAGGAUUGAUCGACCGUGCUAUCUCUGGCUUGGAGCAGGACCAACCCACAAGAAGGGCAAAAGAAGAAGCCGUAGCUGAAAGAAUUGAUGAAUUCAUCAUCAAACUGAAGGAGCUAAAGAAAGUGGCCUCCCCUUUCACUCUGAUCAUUGAUGAUCCCUCAGGGAACAGCUUUGUAGAAAAUCCACAUGCUCCCCAGAAAGAUGAUGCCCUGGUGAUCACACACUACAACCGGACCUUACAGCAGGAUGAGAUGCUGGGGCUCCAGGCAGAAGCACCAGAAGAGAAGCCAGAAGAGGAAGAUCUCAGAAAUGAAGUGCUCCAGUUCAACACAAACUGCCCAGAAUGCAAUGCCCCUGCUCAGACCAACAUGAAGCUAGUACAAAUCCCCCACUUUAAGGAAGUUAUCAUCAUGGCCACCAACUGUGAGAACUGUGGACAUCGGACUAAUGAGGUGAAAUCUGGAGGAGCCGUAGAACCCUUGGGCACCAAAAUCACACUCUGCAUCACAGAUCCCUCAGACAUGACCAGAGACCUUCUCAAGUCUGAGACAUGUAGUGUGGAAAUCCCAGAGCUGGAAUUUGAAAUGGGAAUGGGUGUCCUGGGGGGCAAGUUCACCACCCUUGAGGGGCUCCUGAAAGACAUCCGGGAACUGGUAAYCAAGAACCCUUUCACAUUCGGUGACAGUUCCAGUCGUGGCCAGUCGGAGAAACUGCAGGAGUUCAGCCAGAAGUUGGACCAGAUCAUUGAGGGUAACAUGAAGGUCCACUUUAUUAUGAAUGAUCCAGCAGGAAACAGUUAUUUGCAGAAUGUCUAUGCACCUGAAGAAGAUCCAGAGAUGAAGGUGGAACGUUAUAAGCGCACCUUUGACCAAAAUGAGGAACUGGGGCUCAAUGACAUGAAGACGGAGGGCUAUGAAGUCCUGGCCCCACAGCGAUAGUAGUGGGUGACUCACUAGCCAGCUCUAUCUAGCACAGCUCAUCCUGCAGCUUAUUUAUCACUGUUGGAAAAAAUGCUGUGCAGUGCCCUUCYACAGGUGCAGAGGACACCUGCCACACGUCAGCUAUCUAGGCACACUUUCUAAACAGCUGGUGAUGCACCUGCAAGCUAUUGUGUUACUUGACCUUAUUUUGGAGGUUCUGAAUUAGCCUGAGAAGAAACCCAGGAACUAAGCAUGGGACAUGCCAUCAUCACUUUUCCCCUAUCAGUUCUUUACCCUCCCUCCACACAGUGCUCUACCCUCUGGAGUGUGAAAGCUGAAGUUGGUGAACUUAAAGACAGUUACAGCUGGAUUUGGGAGUUGGUUUGGGGCAUGUAAAGUACUGGCUUUCAACAGGAAAGAAGUCAUCUUGGAGAGGGGGGUAUAGUCAGCACAKGUGAAGAAGUUUUCAUUAAAAUGAUGGCUUUCCAACAAUA